AGUGGUGCAUGGUGACUACCUGCGCCUUCUCCAGCGGGUUUUGGUUCCGCCACCAUUAUUUCUGACUACCCUACGGUUAAACUCAAUACCUCAACAGUUGGCUGGUUUGGGGCAGAAAAGUGUAUCGAAUUGUGCCAAUUGAAAGUGUGACUCAAGCCUGGAGACAUGACCUAGAAAAGCUGCUCUUGGGCCAUGAAGUGGCUGUCAGAAGGCUGGUGUCCAGCAGGACCCGAAACGGGAAGCCAAAUUCAAUGGGAAAAGCAGCAUAGAAACCUGGAUUAAAAUUCACCAUCGGGUGCUUUAGUGACCCCACUUACACUUCUCUUUCUGCUCCAGGAGGUUUCCAGAAGCAGAACCAUCUUCAAAGUCAGGGCUGAGUAGGCCAGAGCAAGGAGAGCAGCUACAAUGACUUCAAGAGUUUUGGUGGACAUCCGAGAGGAGGUGACCUGUCCCAUCUGCCUGGAGCUGCUGACAGAACCAUUGAGCAUAGACUGUGGCCACAGCUUCUGCCAAGCCUGCAUCGCAGAGAACACUGAGAAAUCAGUGAUUGGCCAAGAAGAGGAGAGCAGCUGUCCUGUGUGCCAGACCAGCUACCAACCCCAGCACCUCCGGCCUAAUCGGCACUUGGCCAACAUAGCAGAGCGGCUCCGAGAGGUAGUGUUGGGACCAGAAAGACAGACAACGGUCAUUCUUUGUGCACAGCAUGGAGAGAAACUCCAGCUUUUCUGUAAAGAAGAUGGGACGCUAAUUUGCUGGCUUUGUGAGCGUUCUCAGGAGCACCGCGGUCACCACACAUUCCUCAUGGAGGAGGUAGCCCAGGAGUACCAGGAAAUGUUCCAAGAGUCGCUGAAAAAGUUGAGGAAGGAAGAGGAAGAAGCUGAGAGACUAAAAGCUGUUAUCAGAGAAAAGAGGGCAUCCUGGAAGAAUCAGAUGGAGCCUGAGAGGCACAGGAUCCAGAAAGAGUUUAAUCAACUGCGAAACAUCCUAGACAAAGAAGAACAACGGGAACUGAGGAAGCUGGAGGAGGAACAGAGGAAGGGGUUGAGCAUUAUCGAGAAAGCUGAGGGUGAGGUGAUCCACCAGAGCCAGUCCCUGAGAGAGCUCAUCUCAGAUCUGGAGUUCCGAUGCCACGGCUCCACAGUGGAUCUGCUGCAGGAUGUGAAUGAUCUCACACAAAGGAGUGAGUUUUGGGCCCUGAGGAAGCCCCAAGUGCUCCCCACCAAGCUGAGAAGUGCCUUUCGAGCCCCAGAUCUGAAAAAGAUGCUGCAAGUGUUUCGAGAGCUCACGGAUGUCCAGAGCUACUGGGUGGAUGUGACCAUGAAUCCAUACUCUGCUAAUCUGAAUCUCGUGCUGUCUAAAAACCGGAGACAGGUGAGAUUUGUGGGUGCUAAGCUGGCGGGACCAUCCUGCCUGGAGGAACAUUAUGACUGUAGCAUACUGGGCUCUCAGCACUUCUCCUCAGGAAAAUACUACUGGGAGGUGGAUGUGACUAAGAAGACCGCCUGGAUCCUGGGCGUGUGCAGCCAUUCCGCAGGACCUCCGUUUUCUUGCAGCCGCUAUGCCAACAAUCAGAACACUUACUCCAGAUACCAGCCACAGACCGGAUACUGGGUGAUCGGGUUACAGCACAAACGUGAAUACCGAGCCUAUGAGGACUCUUCCACCUCCCUGCUCCUCUCCAUGUCUGUGCCGCCCCGCCGCAUUGGGGUUUACUUGGACUAUGAGGCUGGCACUGUCUCUUUUUAUAAUGUCACAAACCAUGGCUUGCCCAUCUAUACUUUCUCUAAGUACUAUUUCCCUACAGCUCUUUGUCCCUAUUUCAAUCCUUGUGACUGUGUGGUCCCGAUGACCCUGAGGCGCCCAGGUCCCUGAACUUUCUCUGCCCACGCGCACUGCCGACUGAUGCCCUCUACCUUGUGGCUCGUGAGCCAGUCUCCUUUCUCUUUUCUGUUUUCUGGGUUCUCACCCCUUUUGUUUGCAACUCACUGUUGUACCCAGGGAAAAGUGAGCUGCAGGAGUUUGGGCAUUUCACCCUUAAGCAUGAUAUUCAUUGAUGCAGGGGAUGAAAUGUAACAAAUUACCUUCCAUUAAUUCGCUGAGUUUUGUGCUGAAUGAAAAGUUGAAUCCAACAAAAUUCAUUCCAUAGUUGUUUUGUUUUGUUUUGUUUUUGGUACCGAGGAUGGAACUCAGGACUGCGUGCUUGUAAGGCAGGCACCUAUGCCGCUGAGCUAAAUCCCCAGUCCCUAUAGUUUUUGAGAGAUAAUCGUUUGUCAUUUCUACUAUAAGUAUGCUGAUUUGUUUUAAUUGUUAAAAUCUACCACAAAACCCUAACAUAAAUUUAUUAUAUAUAUAUAUAUAUAUAUAUAUAUAUAUAUAUAUAUAUAUCUUUAUCAGGUUUUAUAAAAUGCAAUAAUGGACAGGAAAUUGCUGUCUAAGUAAAUGUAAGUUUGGCUGCUAAAACAAAUCAUAAUUUUGAUAGCUUUAAAUUCAACUCAAAGAAACUGUAACUUCAGUUUUCACUGUAACCACUGCCACAACCUUCAGCCUUUAUUGUAAAUUUAAGAAUAUGUGUCAGGAAUGAUGGUACAUACCUGCAAUCUCCAGCAUUCAGAGGCUGAGGCAGGAGGAUUGCAGGUUCAAGAGAAAUCCAGAUUACCUGAUAACUUCAAAGAUGGCCAGAACUACAUAGUGAAACCCUGCCUUUGAAAGACAGAUAGACAGCAAAAACCGAAGGGUCGCUGAGUGUGGUGGUGCACUUCUGUAAUCCCAGCACUUGGGAGGCUGAAGCAGGAGGAUCAUUGCACAUUUAAGACCAGCUUGAUCUACAAAGCUUGGAGCCCAAGGCCAGCCUGAACAGCAUAGAGAGACCUUGUCUCAAAACUACAAAAAAAAAAAAAAAAAAAAAAAAAAAAUUGAAGGGCAGCAAUGAAAACGAAAAUACCUUCCAAAUGAGUUCAUUUUUAAAAAUGGAGGCGAAGAAGAAAAUGAUCCAGUGCGAAUCUUUUUCUCUUGCAGGGAGAGGACAGUGCAAAGAGAAAGUCUAAUACACAUUUAGGGAGAGGACAAUUUAUUCCAGUGUUUCUUCAUCCCAUUUUCUUCAUGCCCAAUCCAAACAACUGUUGAAUGAGCUGCUAUGACUGGCCAGGCAGAGUCUGUAUGUUUUCUGAUCCAGCUAUAAAAAAGUGAGGUAGAUGUGAAGGUGGAAACAAAUAGCACGGGGUGACAGCUGGUUUUCUGAUGUAGCCAAGAGCCAGUGGUGGCUGUUGAGCACUGCAGUUGAGCUGUGUGUACACUGCAUUUUGACAAGAAAUGUGUAACAUCUCACUAAUAAUUUGUAUAUUGCAGUAUUUUGGAUGUAUUGUUAAAUAAAAUUUAUUACUCAUUUCA